AAAUGUCUCAGUGAUUUCAAUUUAGAGGGAGGUAUAACGAAACUGCACGUGAGAGAGGAAUUGCGUAACCCGCGGAUCGGGGCAUUUGAGCAUCCACAUCCGUCCUCAACAACUUGACACAUGAAACAAAUGCGACGCAAAUCUGGACAGCUUGUGGACAACUACUCCAUUAACGAGGACAGGGAGCUCGGUAACCCGGAAUCCAGGUCGGAUCAAGACGAGAGAAAUUUCCUUAUCUGAAGUUACGAGAUGAGAGAGUGCAUCGAGCAGAGUGCAAACUGUAUUCACACAACUGGUGAAGUGACCAUAGAUCAUCUACCGCGAACUCUUAUGUUUGAAGCUUGCAAAUUUCAAAAACGUUCUUCUCGGUAACCCAAUUUUAAACCCUUAGUUAGAACCUUUUGGUACAUUUAUACCCUAUAACAACAACAGAUGGUCUUAGAGGAAAUCAGUCAGUCUGUCAGUCAGUCAUUGUCAGUGAUCGGUCCCCUGCUUCCUGCACCUGAGCAGGCCGAGCUACUCUUACUCCUUCUCCAUCCCCGAACUCCCACGCCUAAACAUGAUUCCCUCCUCCUUCUCCUCGAUCGCAUCAACGAAUCAUCUCACCGAGUGGAACAAAUCACGCGAGCUACCCUCCCUCACUCCACGCACCCUGUGUACUGAUCGCAGCGUUAUAUACCAUCACAGGCGCGUGAGGGUUUGAAGACGGUCGUGGAUGCGAUUGGUCCUAUGUCCCGGUGACUCAGCGCGAGUCGUCGAUGCGGGAUCAUGAUGGCAGAUUCGAGAAUCGGGGUGUGUAGAGCUGCCGGGAUCGAUAGAGAUAGAGCUGAAUCUCUAGCUAGCAGGUGUGAUCAACACAGAGAAGCUCGUGCCAGUCAAAGUCAUGGGCGGAAGAAUCUGAUGCCCUGUGCGGAUGGAAGGGUGGAUGGAUGUAUGACCGCCGCUGCCGUGGGAAGUACUGCAGCGAUGAUUGAAGUUCGUCUCAGUGACGGUCGAGUUGGAAAGAAAGGACGGCAUCCUCGCCUACGCAUCGUCAACUGAUGGUCCAGAUCCUCCCCCGGCAGUGUCAGAUCUGGAAGUGCUUCAAGGUUUCUUCAGCUUUUGGGAUGAGGCUAGCAAUUUUAGUGAUCCUGUAUCAGAUACAUUCUUAAACUGUAGGAAUUUUGCAUAUAGUCACAAUUUUAGUAUUCCUCACUAUUUCUAUCGAUCAAUUUCCAAAUUAUGGAGGUCACCUAUUCAACUCAUUUCCAACGGAAAGAAUGUGCUUGAGGUAGGAGGGAGAAAGCUGGGCCUCCUUCUAUAACAAUACAAUCAAGAGGAGGUGAUACACAAGUUGUGACCAAUAUAGUUCAAGCUGCAGCGAACUAUAUUCAAGGGUAGGCAGCUUGAAUCAUGAGAUAUAUGAGCUUGAUAUGGAGAUUACGUGUGCAAUUCUCCCCUUGCUACUCUACCACAUUACCUCACUCUACCGGAGCUCCAUUAUAUAUUAUUGAAGGUUAAAUUAUUUUGCUCUCAAUGGACAAUACCUAGUUGUGAUUAUUUCGAUCUACAAUACCUGGUUGUUUCAGGUUUUCACAGUAGGAAUAAACUUUGAUAAAGCAGAAGGUUUGAGGACAAGUUGUUGUCGAUAUGGUCGACUUUCUUAGCACUUUUUGACUCUUGACUUUUAUCGUCUCUACCCUCAUGCGUUCUUUUAAAGUGGCAUGAUUACAGCUAUGUUAUGGUGGCUCCAGGUGUUAUUCGAGGGUUUGGCUGGGUACGGUAUGUACUGAGACAUCAUGGAUCACGUCAAUUGAUAUAGUUCACAUUUUUUGCACAGUCGUAGCUGAGUUUCUGAACUAACUUGAGGGUUAUAGAGCUUAUUAUUGUUAAGGCUAAGUAUAGAACAUAUUAUAUCAAAAUAUACGGAUUUCUUUUUCAAUUACUAAUACCGAUAUUAGCUAUGUGAUCCUGAUUUACUUUCACACCUUGAUGUGGAUCAAAUUCAAG